AAGUACAACAAGUUGUCAUUACUAGUAUGUGAUAUCAAUCGCCAUUCAAUCCCCAUUGGCUUCCAUGUAGUAAUAAAUAUUGAUGGCACUGAAUGCCAGACGAGCAACAAACCUGUACACAUAGAUCAGGCUAUCGUUGAAUGGAACGAGCCUAUGCUUCUGUCGUGUGAGCCAGCUUCUAAAGUUCGGGUCAGCGUGUAUGCCUCCUCCGAAUUGGGUCCCAUGCUCUGUCACGGAGAACUCCUCUGCACAUUCGAGAUCUCUGUCAGAGAAUUACUAGAUCGCAGUCAAAAAUCGCAUCCCGUAAUUUUUCAGCCCAAGCAGGGAGAAGUCGUAUCCCCAUGUACUUCAAUGUUCAUGACGCUGAAGCAGCGACUUUCUGAUCAAAAUAACACCGCAAUUCUUCGGCCACUGACUACCGUUACAUCCGACAGCAUAUGCGCAUUAACACUAGAGACGGAUGCCGGACAUCGUCUUCUCGCACAGUAUCGCAGGACGCAGAACAGUAGGGAUCUUGACCAAUCUAUAAAUCGCUUUGAACACACCUUGGAUAUCUGUCCUAUGGAUCAUCCAUGCCGCCCUGCAGCACUAUUCAACCUAGUCAACGCAAAGCUUGUUAGUUGCCAGGCUAAUGAAACAUACCUCGACCUCGACAUCCCUAUCAAUCUGUUUCAAGAUGCUCUUUAUUUACGUCCCACUGGUCAUCUAGACCGACCCAAUACCCAGCUUCAUCUUGCUAUUGCUCUACUGUCUCGCUUCACAAAAUGGGGAUUUCAGACGGAUGCUGAUGCAGCUGAAGAGUUACUGGGCGAAGUUCUCGAUGUGUGUCAUGCCGACAGCCACAUUCACAGAGCAGCUUUGCUUGCAAUCGAAACAUCCGCUCAACAACUGUCCGGCAGCACUGCUGCAAACAGCCUUGGGCAGAAACAGCCUGCUGCAUCCAUGCUUCAUUUAUUGUCUAAUCAACUCGUUGAUCGAGCAAACCGGUGGCAAUUACCAUCUAAUCUGGGUACAAUGCUGCGAAUUCGCUUUACGCGCCGAGGCAAUGGAGAAGACUUGGAUCAGGCUAUCACGCUUCUGACUAAGGCGUUAGCUUGGAGUCCUGUCUGUCAUGUACAUCGGUCCUCGCUAUUGGAUAGUCUUGCAGUUUCACUUUCCGCCCGCUUUGAUUGCCAAGGCAAAGACGAAGACUUGAAUCAGGCCAUUGCACUUUCCAGGGAAGCGCUAGUUUUGUGCCCAGUCGGUCACACAGGUCGAUCCGAAGCAUUAAAUCACCUUUCAAUUCACCUCUUCUCCCGCUUUCGUCACCGAGGCCAUGUUGAAGACUUGGAUGAGGCUAUCAUACUUCAGAAGGAAGCAUUGGCUUUGCGCCCGGUCGGUCACAAAGAUCGGUACAUACCAUUAAACAACCUUGCAGCUCAAUUCUCCUCCCGCUUUGAGCACCAAGGCAACGACAAAGACUUGGAUGAGGCUAUCGUACUUUACAGGGAAGCGCUAGCUUUGUGCCCGGUCGAUUACAAAGGCCGUUUCAUACCAUUAAAUAACCUUGCAAUUCGACUCUCCAGCCGCUUUCAUCACCGAGGAAAUGGUGAUGACUUGGAUGAGGCUAUUGCCCUUCAGAGGGAAAUUCUCGCUUUACGCCCUGUCGGUCAUCCAGAUCGGUAUAUGUCAUUAAAUAACCUUGCGAUUCCACUCUCCAUCCGCUUCAAGCACCGAGGAAAUGAAGAAGACUUGGAUCAAGCUAUUGUACUUCACAGAGAAGCGCUGGCUUUGUAUCCUGUUGGUCACUCAGAUCGAGGAAAUCGUGAUGACUUGGAUGAGGCUAUUGUAUUUCAGAGAGAAGCGCUGGCGUUACGCCCUGUCGAUCACCCAAAUCGAUACAAGUUACUGGGAAAUCUCGCAAAACACCUCCUUGUCCGCUUUGACCACGAAGACUUGGAUGAGGGUAUUGCACUUUGUAGAGAAGUGCUGACUUUGCUCCCUGUCGGUCACACACAUCGGUUCCAGUCAUUGGCCGACCUUGCGGCGCAACUCUCCACCCGUUUUGAACACCGAGGCAAUGAAGAAGACUUGGAUGAAACUAUUGCACUUUGUAGGGAAGCGCUGGCUUUAUGCCCUGCCGGCCACACAGCUCAGCCCUCGUUAUUGGGUCACCUUGCGGGUCAACUUUCCAAGCGCUUUGAUCACCGCCGAUGCAAUCACGAAGACUUGGAUGAGGCUAUUGCACUUCAGAAGGAAGCGCUGGCUUUAUUCCCUGUCGAUCACACACACCGGUCCCAGUCAUUAAGUAACCUUGCGGAACACCUCUCUAAGCGCUUUGUUCACCAAGGCAAUGACGAAGACUUGGAUGAAGCUGUUGCACUCGCGAGGGGAGCGCUAGCUUUGCAUCCUGUUGGUCACAUAGCUCGGCCCUCAUCAUUAAACAACUUUGCAAAACAACUAUCUCAGCGCUUUAAGCACCGAGGCAAUGACCAGGACUUGGAUGAGGCUAUCACACUUUGCAGGGAAGUGUUGGCUUUGCGCCCUGUCGGUCAUGCAGAUCGGCCCUUGGCAUUAUAUCGCCUUGCGAUUCACCUCUCCACCCGCUUUGACCACCAUGGCAAUGGAGAAGAUCUCGAUAAAUCACGAGAGAAUCUCCGCUGUGCAUUGACCCUAAUGACCCAACAUGAUCCUCGUCGAUUAUGGGUCCAUCAGUUGCUAGCUACCGUCUACGUGUCGUCUUAUCGACAUGAUAGCACUGGCCUGGGCGAAGAUAUUGACAAUUUAAAUGCUGCCAUGCAUCAUUUUAAGGCAGCAACGAACAUCGUCCCUGGAGGCUUGCUACUUCGCCUGCAAGCAAGUCUACGCUGGGUGCAUCAUGCUAUUCAAUAUUCACAUAGUACUCAACUGGACGCUCAUGCAACUUCCAUUCAACUUCUGGACGCUUACACGUCUGUAACAGCCUCAGUAUCGUCUCGUCGUGAUGCUAUGAAGGAAUUCCGACGUUCACUUGCCAUGGAUGCUGCAUCGUGUGCUCUUCGUAGUGGUGACGUGUGUCGCGCUGUGGAGUUGUUAGAACAAGGCAGGACUGUCAUCUGGACCCAGAUGACACGACUCCGCACACCUUUUGACAGCCUUCAGAUUCGUGACGAUUCGACAAUGGCCCUGAUGAAGAGAAUCAAAGACCUCAGCUCCCUCCUUGAUAAACCUCCUGCGAGCCAUCCAGAAGACACCCCAAGAGUUGAUAUAAAAGCAGAAGAAGCCCGUUACAGACGCCUGAUGAAGGACUGGAACGGAGCUGUAGAAGAGAUUCGGAAGAUCGAGGGCUUCUCUCGCUUCCUACUUCCCCCCUUGUUUUCCGAUCUUCAAGAUGCAGCUCGUGAUGGGCCCAUCAUCGUGCUCGUUGCAAGCAAAUCGUCUUGCGAUGACAUUAUUAUCCCGCACAAACAACCCCCGAUCAGCAUUCAGCUCCCUACCGAUUUUGAGAAACUCCUGAGAUUGAUGCUCGCACUUCGAGAGGCGAUUGAAAAAGAGGCCGGUCCUAAAGGGAAUCAACCAGCGCUGAUAAAAGCUUUGAGGAAGUUGUGGGACCUCGUCGUCCGCCCGGUGGUUGAGAAUCUGGGCAAAUUUGCACGACGAGGUUCCCGAAUAUGGUGGUGCCCGACGUCUGUGUUCAAUUUCUUGCCGUUGCACGCUGCUGGCGAGUACAGAGCAAAUGGAGAGUCCCUUUCGCAGCAGUAUAUCUCUUCAUACACACCAUCGCUUACCGCGCUCAUGAGGGCUCGCAGAAGUCUUGAGAGGUCACCGUCGGUGUCCUUCGCUGCCAUUGGUCAGGAUCACCCCGCUGGUGAUUCGUUCACUUUGGAUUGUGUGGAGCCUGAACUAGAAUUAAUGCGGAGUCUUUUACCCCCUCCCCCAACUGUUUCCUUCACCAAGAUAACGAGCGUUGAUGCCACGAAAUCUACAGCACUGUGCGCAUUGCAAAACAAUACUUGGCUCCAUUUCGCAUGUCACGGGACACAGAAAUGGGAUGAACCCUUCAACUCAGCCCUUCUCAUGCGCGAUAAACCGCUUUCACUCCUCGAUAUCGUACACAUGGAUUUGUCUCGACAUCAAUUUGCAUUUCUUUCUGCCUGUGAAACAGCAUUCGGUGACUAUGGUACUCCUGACGAAGUGAUACACCUAGCGGCUGGUCUGCAAUUCGCUGGGAUUAAGAGCGUCAUUGGAACAUUAUGGAAGGUCAAUGAUAGUACUGUGCAGCGCUUAGUCGAGGCAUUCUACAAAAACUUGUGCGGGGAUGGCACAAUGAAUCCCAAGCGAGCUGCCCGAGCACUGCACCGAGCGGUCCAGUCGUUGGCUAGCGACAGGGACAUACCCUUGGACCAGCGCAUAGUCUGUGGCUACGUUGCCAAGGACUCGAAAUUCAAUAUUUCGGACUUUGAGACUGUAUACUUCCACGAUAUGUGGCCGCUUCUAAGGUGCACUGCUUUGUGUGAGGGUAAAGCUCAACAUUAUACCUUUGGUUCGAACGCGGAAUCAUAUCAUAACGGCAGGACACAAUCACGAUGGACAUGA